AUGCGUGCCACUUUUGCUCUCCGCAGCGCUGCCCGCACCCCCCUCAUCCGGUUCCUCGGCCGCCGUUCCGUGCCUCAGUCCGUUGACCACACUCCCCGUCCCCACCCCGCUUCUCCUUCCGGAAUCCUCCCGGACUCUUUCGCCGCCUACCGUAUCAAGGCACAGCAGCACGGCCCCCUUGGCCGUGCCUCUUUCUCUCAGGGCAUUGGCCGCAGCGCUGGUGCCUCCCUGGGCCCCGUUCAGCCUAAGCAGGGUGAAUUCUUCGACCGCGACGAGCUUCCUGCCCGUUUCCACCGCCUUCCCUGGUCCGAGGCCGAGAUUGAGGCCAUUGAGACCGGCGGUGCCAGCCUGUUCGCGUAG